GAAAUGGGAAGGCCGCAAACUCCUUUGAAAGAAACAACCUUGGAGCCAUGGACUCAACCACAGUCUCAGCGCCGUGUCACGUUUCACCUACCAGAUGGCUCCCAGGAAAGCUGCAGUGACAGUGGGCUUGGAGACCAUGAGCCCAACGGCAGUGCCAGCGCAUCACACCCUCUGCCCCUUGGCUUCCCCCAGGAGGAGUACUAUGAACAAGCUUCACCCAACAGCCGGACAGAAGGAGACGGCAACUCAGACCCGGAGUCCAUGACGGCCACUCGUCCAGAGCUGCGAGGCUGCUUCCCAGCUGCGGUACCACGGCCGCACACCGGAGCGAGGAAGAGUCUGUACGAGACAUUUCUGUAUAUCUGUACAAGGAUGAGAUAUUUCUGCCCACGUCCCCUAAAGGCAGGGUAGGAAAUCUCUGUUUGGCUCCUGUCGCUGGCCGUGGCU